UUUCUGCAGAGGCCAUAUCACCUAAACGCUGCAGGGCCAAUGCAGACCGCAGAUUGACCAUGUAAUGCCUUUUAGGCUAUUAGAUAUUUCAAUGUGUAAUUCACACUCCGACCUGAGAAAGGCAGCAAACCAGCGUCUAGUCUGCCGGAACGCACAAGAAAAAUAAGUGCGUUUACAUUGUCAAACAUCUUAAAGUAUGUGCCAUUUAUUACGCAUUCUUUAAGACGUACGGAUAGUUAGCGACGCUUGCUCAACAGGACUGCAAUUCGUUCAAAUUUACAAGCCAUGAGUUCUAACGUUUCCUUGUCAAAAGCGGAGUUGGCGGCAGCCAUCGGUGUGACUGCAGGAGCUACAGCUGCGGGCAUCCUCCUCCUCCAGUACUUCUCCAAGGGGUCAGGGGUCAAGCCCAAGGUCAACUUGGACCUGCAGAAAGACAACCCCAAAGUGGUGCACGCUUUCGACAUCGAGGACCUCGGGGAUAAGGCGGUGUACUGCAGGUGUUGGAGAUCCAAGAAGUUUCCCUACUGCGAUGGCGCUCAUGCCAAACAUAACCAGGAGACGGGGGAUAACGUCGGUCCUCUCAUCAUGAAAAGAAAGGAGGCCUGAAUCCAGUCAAUCAUCCAUCCAUCCAUGUUAUUCCAUGACUGCUGCUGACAUACUGAUGCACACAAGUGCUCUUCGCUACAGAAAGGAUGACAGUGGUUGCCAGUACACUUGGUAGUUGCUCUGAAACAUGGUGACCAAAUCACCUUUUUGGGGCUAUAUUUAUUGUAUUUAUUGAUUGAAGCCACCCUUAUCACAGGACCAAGCGGUUAUCAAUUUUUGGUUGAAAAUGACUUUGUAAUCAUACCUAGAAUAAUGGUAGAUAUUUCGCUGGGAUUACCAAGGAAACAUGGGUGUGGCAGUACUGUAAAGCAAAGUGGUUGUAUAUAUUUCAUUGAGCUAUGGUAUCUGUGCUGUUAUUUUCAGAAUGUUUGUUUUGAUCAAUGUUUUUGCCUUUCUUUUAUACUGUAGACAUCUCAACUUGUCUGUCCCGUUAUGAUACCAUAGACAUCGCAACGUAUCUGUCCCGUUAUGAUAUCAGAGAGAUCGCAACUUAUCUGUCCCAUUAUGAUACCAUAGACAUCGCAACGUAUCUGUCCCAUUAUGAUAUCAGCGAGAUCGCAACGUAUCUGUCCCGUUAUGAUACCAUAGAGAUCGCAACGUAUCUGUCCCAUUAUGAUAUCAGCGAGAUCGCAACGUAUCUGUCCCGUUAUGAUAUCAGAGAGAUCGCAACGUAUCUGUCCCAUUAUGGCACCUGUGAGUGUACGGGCAGCGCCAUUGAGGCAAUCUCUAUUUUGAAGUUGUCCAUUUUCUUCUUCUGCUACUUCUGAGUUGUUAAACAAACUGAAAGGGUGUACACUGCCACCUAGAGGGUGUAGUCUGAACAGGUAUAAAGACAAGGUUGGUGAUUUACUGCCACCUGCAGUUAUGGAAUGUUUGCGCACAAAUAUAAUUCAUUGUCUGAUCCCGCCUGAUGACCUUGAUGGAAUUACGUGAGACUUCCUUAACCCAUAGGAAGUCCCACGCAGUUGACUACUUAAAAAUGGUGAAAGUCCUCAAUGGCGCUGUCCAUGCUAAAACAGGCUGUAGAGUCCUCUAUCAUUCUCUAUGGUUGAUACUCGGGAGUUCCAUGGUCAGGUAAAACACCUGGGGCUACUGAAGCAUCAAGGAAACGGAUGAGGUGCGAUUUUAUUUUUGAUUCAACUUGUGAAAUCAAUUGUAAAAUGGUGUCACUUUUCAAUGGAUUUCAGAUAAAGCUUCUACAGCAUUCUUAUCUGCAAAUGAAGCAGUCGUAAUGAUUACCUUGUUGAUUUUAAGUCUGUGUUAACGGUGAAUCAACAAGUCUAAACUUGUUCCAGCCAUACUACAUACCAAUUAUAUUCCUGGGUUGUGUUCAGUGGGCAAAAAAAACAUGUAAUGUUGUGAAACUAGGAGGUAGCUUACUAGAGAAAUACUCAGUUUAGUUUUUGCUUUAAAAAAGUUUUUGCUACGUUUUGCCCUACUUAACACAGCCCUGUAGCCUACUGAAUGUUUAGUGGCUGAAUCUGAACUUGUCACGCAUCACUUCUGGUAACCAGCUUUAAUAAGGCACAGUUCUGUGUAGUUCAGCGUUUCCCAAACUCUAUCUUGGGGACCCCAAGGGUACACAUUUUGUUUUUUCCCCUAAAUCAACUUAUCGACAAGCUUUGACUAUUUGAAUCAGCUGUGUAAUGCUGGGGCAAAAACCAAUAUGUGCCCCCCCUUUGGGUCCAGAGGACUGAGUUGGGGAUACGCUGAUACUAGUGUGAGAAUGUUAAUUGUCUACAGUCUGUGUGACCUCUUAUUUCCACAAUAUGUGGCUUCAUUUGAAUCCAUCACUUAAUCAUCAAUAAAAACAAUAAUCAUUGUU